ACGCCAAAUACGACUAAUAAUAAAAAUAUAGACGCUAUAAAACAAGCAAAACGCUACACUUAUUUUGAUAUUAAUUCCUUGAAAAUUGCACUGAAAUUCCCAGAGGAGUACUGAUCGCGACGAGGUGAAGGGAAUCGGACAAGUGGACUCGAAAAUCAAAACAGACGCCAUAUUGCCUCUCUUGUUUACCUCAUCCGUUAGCAUCUCUGGGGAGGAUUUUCCCGUGUUAUAUUUAAUUCUGGAAUGCCUUUGUGUUUAGCAUAAGAUUGAUAUUUUCCUAGACAUGGAUCGUGAAUAUGAGAGACGUUUAUUGCGCCAACAAAAUGGCCCGGUUAAUUCACCUGCAUCUCCUUUAUCGCCCCGUCGUCAGUUAACUCAUAUAUCUGUCCAGUCGCCAAGUAAAGACCGCACAGGUGAUAGAUUUAUUCCCACUCGCGCUGGUGCCAAUUGGGAUGUUAAUUUUGCUCUUAUUCAAGAAAACAACAAAGUAAAUAAUGAAGUGCGUAAAGGUCGUGAAGGGGGAGAAGGCAAAGAUGGGGUUGCGUACACCACACUUCUUCGUAAUGAACUCCUUGGUACAAACAUUGAGGAUCUAAGAGACACCCCAGACGAAAGACGAGCUCUCUCGCCUGUUCAGAAUCCUAACCUUUAUCAUUUUUCACCACGCAAAAAUCAUCAAAGAGAGGAUACUUUGUCGCCAUAUUCCUUGUCUCCUGUAAGUGCCAAGAGCCAAAAGUUGUUGCGAUCUCCAAGAAAAGCUGCACGGAAGAUAUCCAAAAUUCCCUUUAAGGUUUUAGAUGCACCAGAGCUCCAAGAUGACUUUUAUCUCAACUUGGUUGACUGGAGUUCCCAGAAUGUUUUAUCUGUGGGCCUUGGGCACUGUGUUUAUCUGUGGUCAGCAUAUACGUCACAAGUUACCCGACUGUGUGAUCUUUCCUUGGAUGGUGACUCAGUAACGUCAGUCUCGUGGUCUGAAAGAGGUAAUCAAGUUGCAGUUGGAACUCACAAGGGUCUUGUGCAAGUUUGGGAUGUUGCAAGCAGUAAAAGAGUGUGUAUUUUAAAUGGACAUACUGCACGUGUAGGGGCUUUAGCUUGGAACGGUGACGUUCUCUCAUCUGGAUCAAGAGAUAGAUUAAUUUUACAAAGAGAUGUAAGGACUCCAUGCAUCAUCCCAGAUAGACGGUUGGCAGGGCAUAGACAAGAGGUGUGUGGUUUAAAAUGGUCUCCAGAUAGUCAGUAUUUGGCAUCUGGUGGUAAUGACAAUAAGCUCUUUGUGUGGAAUCUGCACUCACUGACGGCCGUCCAGACGUACACAGAACACAAUGCUGCAGUUAAAGCUAUUGCCUGGUCACCACAUCAUCAUGGGUUACUUGCCAGUGGAGGAGGGACAGCCGAUCGCUGCAUACGUUUUUGGAAUACAUUAACUGGACAGCCAAUGCAGUGUGUGGACACUGGUUCACAAGUUUGUAACUUGGCAUGGUCCAAACAUGCUUCAGAACUGGUCUCUACCCAUGGUUAUAGCCAGAACCAGAUUUUAGUUUGGCGGUACCCAUCACUAGCACAAGUGGCCAAGCUGACUGGCCAUACUUAUCGUGUCCUAUACUUGGCAAUGUCACCUGAUGGGGAGGCUAUUGUUACUGGUGCUGGAGACGAAACUUUGCGGUUUUGGAAUGUUUUUAGUAAAGCUCGAUCUCAAAAGGAGUCCAAAUCGGUAUUGAAUCUUUUCACUUCUUUGCGAUAACUAAGCCAAAAGAGAGUACGCAUUUUCUCGUGUGGUUUGUAAAUAGUGGGUUAAAAAGGUGGUGUGCAUUUGUAUGGUCAGUCAACAUUUUUAUAUAUAUGUAUAUUUAUCAAGUGUAGUAUAAUGUAUAUACUUUAAGUACAUUGUAAAUCUUUCUGAUUUGCGUGUCUUGACAAGGUGAUGUUAUUUUCGUACGUAAAUGCAUCUUGUUCUUCACUUAGAAGUAUGCUUAUUUUUUCUAAAUUAUUUAUCUCAUUUGUUAUAUUUUUUCAUGUUCCUCUCUUCUCUCUCUCCCUUCAGUAAGUUUUCACUGGUUGGGUUUUUUGGUUUGACUGUGCAGUAUCACUUGUUUGCUGGUAGUUAGGCUUGUUAUGUUGUUAACAAAAAACAAAUAUAUACAUAUAUAUAAAUAUAUGCUCAUUAUUUCCCAUGACAGUCACUAAAAUUCUAUUUUUCAUAAUGUAUAACCGGUGACCAUCUGAGAAUUUUGAGAUCUCGAGAAGCACCUGGUCUACUAACCUGUCGUCUGCCUGUUCAACACACUUGUAUCGUAUGGCAGUGUAUUCUGAAAUUGAUGUAUUAUCUUAUUUAGAGUUUGGGUUUUGGAGUACACAGUAAUGCAGUGAUGGAGAGUUUGGUCAGGAUAAUGAUAGGCAGUCGUCAUGUGAGCAUUUUUCUCAGUUUGGAAUCAGUAUACUACAGGAUUGUAUAACUCUAAAUAUAAAUACAUCUUCACAUGUUCCACUUGGAAAUUAUGUAAUUCAUUGUUUGAUUUGAGAGGUUCUGCUGUAUCUACUUAAUGAAUUAGGCAAACUCCUACUCAGUACAUGUAUGUGAAUAAUGUUUCCCGUUGUAUACCAAUACUAAGUUAUGUCAAUGUUCCCAUUAACUUAGUCGUGAGACUUCCAUUGUGAAUGGUUCAACCAAGUUUGGUACCUGUUAUGUCAACAUGUAUGGCAUUCUAACAUAUAGCGUAUCUUCUAUUCACCUCAGAAGGAAGAACGGUUAGCUUACAAAAAGUUAUCAUUCUCUUUUGUAUUACCUUAUAGGCCUUGUUAAGGCUUUAUUCAAAUUUUGUAUAUUAUUUAAAUCUUUAAACAAUUGUACUAUUUCUGUGUAUCAGCGAGAAAUACUUGAAUAUAUAAUAUAUUUGAAAGGAAGA